AAGGCCGAUAAAAAUUGGGAAAUCCAACUAAUCACCCCGCUAUUCUCACCGCCCGGAAUCACGUCCUGUCUCGAAUUCGCAGACCAACACUACAGUAUCCUGAAGAACCGUUGUUUUUGUAGCAUUCGGGCCUUUCAGCAGUCAAAAUGUCUUUCGGCGGGCAAACCCCCACCAUCAUUGUCCUGAAAGAAGGCACCGAUACAUCGCAGGGCAAGGGUCAGAUCAUCUCCAACAUCAACGCAUGUCUGGCAGUUCAAAACACUAUCAAGCCCACCCUGGGCCCGUACGGCGGUGACUUGUUGAUGGUAGACGAGAACGGCCGGCAAACGAUCACAAACGAUGGCGCAACCGUCAUGAAGCUGCUCGACAUCGUACACCCCGCAGCACGCAUUCUGGUGGAUAUUGCAAGAUCACAAGAUGCCGAAGUCGGAGACGGAACCACAUCCGUCGUGGUCUUGGCCGGUGAGAUUCUGAAGGAGAUCCGCGAACACGUUGAGCAGGGUGUCAGCUCUCAGGUCAUCGUCAAGGGCCUGCGAAGAGCUUCUACUAUGGCCGUGAACAAGAUCAAGGAAAUUGCCGUACGAACAGAUGAGGGCAACAGGAGGGAGACCCUUUGCAAGCUUGCCGGCACCGCCAUGACUAGCAAGCUCAUCAAGAGAAACACUGGUUUCUUUGUCGAGAUGGUCGUUGACGCUGUCCUGUCACUUGACCAGGAUGACUUGGACGAGAAGCUCAUUGGCAUCAAGAAGAUCCCCGGCGGCUCCCUGACCGAUUCCCUCUUCGUCAACGGUGUCGCGUUCAAGAAGACUUUCUCCUACGCCGGUUUCGAGCAGCAACCCAAAUCCUUCCAGAAGCCCAAGGUCUGCUGCCUCAACGUUGAGCUUGAGCUCAAGGCCGAGAAGGACAACGCCGAGAUCCGUGUCGAGCAGGUUUCAGAGUACCAAGCAAUUGUCGAUGCGGAGUGGCAGAUCAUCUUCAAGAAGCUGGAGGCUAUCUACAAGACGGGAGCCAAGGUCGUCCUCUCCAAACUCCCCAUCGGUGAUUUGGCUACCCAGUACUUCGCAGACCGCGAUGUUUUCUGCGCAGGACGUGUCGCUUCUGGGGAUAUGGAGCGUGUGGUUCAAGCUACUGGUGCUACCGUUCAGUCAACAUGUUCCGAUAUCCAGGCCCACCACCUAGGCACAUGUGGAUCUUUUGAGGAGCGCCAGAUCGGUGGAGAGCGAUUCAACUUCUUCGAGGAGUGCCCCGAGGCCAAGACAUGCACAUUGGUCCUCCGUGGUGGUGCCGAGCAAUUCAUCGCCGAGGUUGAGCGUUCCCUGCACGAUGCCAUCAUGAUCGUGAAGCGUGCCAUCAAGAACCACAUGAUCGUUGGUGGCGGUGGUGCAUGCGAAAUGGAGAUAUCGGCCUACUUACAUAACUUUGCAGAUAAGAAGAUUUCCAACAAACAACAAGCCAUCAUCAAGUCCUUCGCAAAGGCUCUUGAAGUCAUCCCUCGCCAGCUUUGCGACAAUGCCGGUUUCGACGCCACAGACAUCCUCAACAAGCUGAGGGUAGAGCACCGCAAGGGCAAGGUAUGGGCAGGUGUGGACUUCCAGAAUGAGGGCGUGACGGAUAUGAUGGAGAGAUUCGUUUGGGAGCCGGCGUUGAUCAAGAUCAACGCGAUUCAAGCCGCAACAGAGGCAAGUUGCUUGAUCCUCGGUGUAGAUGAGACUAUCAGGAACGAGGAGAGCGCGCAGCCGCAAGCGCCUGGCCAGGCCCUGCCUCCAGGAGCUGCUCAAAGAGCACUAGGACGUGGACGUGGACGUGGCAUGCCGAGACGGUAAAUAAUGAUUUGGAAUGACAUAGAAAAAGAGAGCGUGGAUGUAUGAUACCUACAACGAGGAGUUCAGGUACGACAUGGCGUUAAAUAGAGCUAUAUUGAUGAGUCUACAAGUUCUACAAAACCGCCUCCUAGAGAUGGGUCGUAUAGGAGCGAUCCACUCACAUCUACUCCAGAGUAAUGCUAAUUGUAUACUACAAACCCCUAUUUCUUACA